CAUAACCGGAAGUCUUGUAAAUACUUUGGACUUGACGAUUCUCUCGGUCGUUACGAGCAAUGCUACUCUUUGUUAGGUAAAGUGGUGAGAAUAUCGCUUGGAAACACGCUUUGUCUACUCAGAUGGUAAUUAUUACCACGUCUGCUGAUAUUUGCGCUCGUAAGUUGAACUAACUGUUGAUAGUUUCCUUGUAAGGCGACUUAUUUGGUAGUUGGCUAACGCUAGCGUGUUAGCUGCUCAGACAACAGCUGCAGCUCGGGAGGAUGUCGCUUCACGGCAAAAGAAAAGAAAUCUACAAAUACGAGGCGCCAUGGACGGUGUAUGCGAUGAACUGGAGCGUCCGCCCGGACAAACGCUUUCGGCUGGCACUUGGGAGCUUUGUGGAGGAAUAUAAUAACAAGGUGCAGCUGGUGGGUCUGGAAGAGGAGAGCUCAGAGUUUGUCUGCAGGAACACAUUUGAUCAUCCUUACCCCACCACCAAGAUCAUGUGGAUCCCGGAUACCAAGGGGGUUUACCCGGACCUGCUGGCCACCAGUGGGGACUAUCUGCGCAUAUGGCGGGUCAGUGACACAGAAACACGUCUCGAAUGUUUGCUGAAUAACAACAAGAACUCAGACUUCUGUGCUCCCCUCACCUCCUUUGACUGGAAUGAAGUUGAUCCAAAUCUGCUGGGCACCUCCAGUAUUGACACCACCUGCACUAUCUGGGGCUUGGAGACAGGUCAGGUGUUGGGAAGAGUCAACCUGGUGUCUGGUCAUGUGAAGACCCAGCUGAUCGCUCAUGACAAAGAGGUGUAUGACAUCGCGUUCAGCCGUGCAGGAGGUGGUAGAGACAUGUUCGCCUCUGUGGGAGCUGACGGUUCCGUCCGUAUGUUUGACCUCCGACACCUGGAGCACAGCACCAUCAUCUAUGAAGAUCCCCAGCACCACCCGCUGCUCCGCCUCUGCUGGAACAAGCAGGACCCCAACUACCUGGCCACAAUGGCCAUGGACGGCAUGGAGGUGGUCAUCCUGGACGUACGUGUUCCUUGCACACCGGUGGCUCGGCUGAACAACCAUCGCGCCUGUGUGAACGGCAUCGCCUGGGCUCCCCACUCCUCGUGUCACAUCUGCACUGCAGCCGAUGACCACCAGGCCCUGAUCUGGGACAUCCAGCAGAUGCCGCGGGCCAUUGAAGACCCCAUCCUGGCCUACACCGCCGAAGGGGAGAUCAACAACGUGCAGUGGGCCUCCACACAGCCGGACUGGAUCGCCAUCUGCUACAACAACUGCCUGGAGAUCCUGCGUGUCUAAAGUCACGGACACUUAAGACGGGGGAGGGGGAGGG